AUGCUACCACCUCUUAGCCCAGACACCCAAAGUGAACCAGCAACCCAAGUACAAGCUAAUGAUCAACCUAUCCAAAGUGAACCUGCAGAACCAUUCAAAGCCAACGUACGGAUCAGUGAUUCUGAGUCAUUCAACCAGACACAACCAGAUGUACAGACUACCAUUCCACAGAGCUUUAUAACACACCCAGAGGUACAUAAAGUUGUAGUAGAGCACAUAGUGCGAAAUGAAGCUCUUGUCUCACCAGUGAGCGCCUCCUUCCGCCUCAGACAAUUUUCUGGCAAAUCACCUUGUCCUACCCAUGAGGUAGACUUUGAUACAUGGCGCCACAGUGUAGAGCUCCUACUUCAAGAUUCCGAUCUGUCUGACUUGCAACGCUCACGGAAAAUCUUAGACAGUCUAGUAUCGCCUGCUGCUAAUGUGGUGAAGCCUCUGGGCCCUGAAGCCUUGCCUUCAGCUUAUCUCGAACUACUACAUUCAGCUUUCGGCACAGUGGAAGAUGGCGAUGAGCUUUUUGCCAAAUUUCUCAACACCUUACAAGAUGCAGGUGAAAAGCCUUCACACUACCUCCAUCGUUUGCAAACAGCUCUCUCAAAAGCUCUGAAAAGAGGUGGUGUUGCAUCUGGUGAAGCAGACAGACACCUUCUGCGUCAAUUCUGUCGGGGGUGUUGGGAUAAUGCUUUGUUAGCAGACCUUCAGCUCGAAAGGAAAAAAGAUGAACCCCCCACGUUCACCGAGCUGCUGCUACAGUUGAGAGUAGAAGAGGACAAGCAUACUGCAAAAGAAAGCCGAAUGAAAAAACAUUUUGCUGCCACCAGACCAAAAGUAGCCUCUCACUCUAUUGUUGCAAAUGCUGACUUCCCUGCACUCACCAUGCAAAAUGACCUAACUGAAAUGCGAACACAAAUAACUGCGUUACAAAGCCAGCUGACAAGACUAAAACCCCAAAAAGUAGAACCGCCUGUAGAUCCACAGAAGAAUCUGGUAACAGAACUAAAAGCGCAAAUCACUCAGCUUCAAAGCCAUCUUGCAACAUUAACCUCGAACCCUCCUAAGAAAAAGUCUAACCCGCCAAAAGCUAAUGCUAAGACUCACUCCAAAGCACCUGAACGAACGUCUUUGACACCCCAAGCUGCGAAGGGUAGGCCAAAGCCUGGAUACUGUUUCCAGUGCGGCGAAGACGGCCAUAUUGCCUCUGCGUGCCCAAAUGAUCCAAAUCCGUCAUUGGUUGCUGACAAAAGGAAACAGUUGAAGGAAAAACAGUUAUUGUGGGAUAGACAAAACAAUCAAACUCAGCCUUUAAACUAA